AUGGACACUGAGGAUGGCCACCAAUUCAUANAAGGUAAGUUCCUGCCCGCGCCUCAGAGACCGCUGGUCGCCGGCUCAUGUGUACCUCUUCAGCAACUCGCCUACUUUGUGCGGACGCACGAAAAGGCUCUGGCCAACGCGCUGCAAUUGCAGAGGCGCGGAUCCCAAAAUGUCACCUCUCCUGUCACGACCGCCGCCAUAAGCCCCCUUACCGCUCCUUCUCCAUCGUCGUCCACCUCUUCGGCGAGCACCUUCGCUGCCGCUCUAUCGCUCCCUUAUCUCAGCUUCACCUCCCAGACAGUCAAACCCGUCAAGUUGACCCUGACUCCGCACCACCUCUUCUACCUUUUGUCACGCUUCGAGGAACUGGGAAUCAAUGUUGGGCCCAUGACAAUCCGUCUUGAGAACAUUCAUAACGACGUCGCCCCUGGAAACUAUGUCUCGUUCCUCUCGGCUCCAAAGUCACGCGGUCGCGCCUCAGAUGCCGACUCGGUUCGAUCUUCUUCUAGUGUACGAAGCGUCAUGUCAACCAUGUCGAGCAUGUGGUCACACUUCAAUCUCAGCGGACAGUCGAACAAGGAGGAAAAACAAAAGGCAGCUGAGCUGGAAGAUCUGAAAUACCUGUAUUCAGCAUUCACCAAAAUACCCUGCCUGCGACUCUCCCCGGACCAUCGCUCCAAAUUGAUCGCUGGUUAUGAAGAGUUUCCUUUUGACACCGCGGUUCCGUUGUUCGCCUUCAAGAACGUGAGCGCUCUGGAGAUCUGUGACCUGGACUUUCGCCAACUCUUUGGAUGGGACCGUAUGGCCGAGCAGCUACGCAGUCUCACUGUCAAGCGUGCGAGCAUCGAGGAUCUGGCUGACUUGACCAUCAACAUUGUCUUGGACGAUAUGGACAAACGUCGUCGCAGGUCGUCAAAAGCACCCAUACCCUCAUCUCCAGCUGUGGUAUGGCCGUCAGCGAACAACAGCGUCAGACAUGCUGCUGAGCUAGCAUCCGCCUCGGUGCCCAAUUCGCCAAUGGCAGAUGGGAGACGAUCAUCCAUUGGCAGUCCUCAGCCUUCUGCUGUGAACAUGACACGAACUGCAUCCUCCGACGGCAAAAGANCUCCUCGUCUAAGGCAGAGAAGUAUCUCACCAUCGAGACCUGCCAGCUCACGACACAACUCCUCUUAUGGCCAUGGGCACCAGCCACGAAGCGGUACACCCAAGUUCAGACGCGAAUCCGGUAGCUCAGGCUCAAGUGUGCAUUCAAGCACGCCACGGAACAGUACAUCUAACCUCCUAGCAUUGGGCAUUGUCCCUGCGUCAAAGUGGCGCUUCCUGCGUCACCUGAGUCUUGCUGACAAUGGUUUGACAUUCAUCACAACUCAUAGUCUUGCCCCACUAGCACAAACAUUGCAUUCACUCGACCUCUCCUCAAACCUCCUUACCGAAAUACCCGAAAGUCUUGCCUCGUUGACCAACUUGAGAGCCCUCAAUCUUUCCAACUGCAUGAUCGACAGCCUGCACUCUCUUCUCCGUAAUCCGCUUCCCGCCAUCACUACCUUAAACCUAAGAUCUAAUCGACUCACAUCGCUUGCUGGAAUUGAGCGCCUGUUUUCCCUCGAACGUGUCGACCUGCGUGACAACAAGUUGACAGACCCUACGGAGCUUGCAAGACUUACAAGGAUGCCUGAGAUGCAAGACAUCUAUGUUGCAAAGAAUCCCUUUGUUCGCACACAUUCGAACUACAGAAUCACAAUUUUCAAUCUAUUCCGGGCAACGCCAGGUUAUACUGAGGAUGUCAAGAUCGACUCAACCGGCCCGUCGUACAGCGAGCGAAGGCAGCUGGUUGAUCGCGCGCCUGAGCCACCACCGGCACCCGUACCACCUCCAGUGCCUGAAGACGAGCGAUCAGACGAUGCAUUGAAUAUGCCUGAUGUUGGUGAACGAUCACGACAUGCAGCGGCAGACUACGCUCAAGGAUCAACAAGGUCAAUCGGUGACUACUCAACUGCAUCACAAAGAAGGAAGAAAGGAACUCGAAGGAGAAUUGUCGAGCUAUCACACGAGAUGGGCUCUGAGCAAUCUGUUCAGACCGAUGCACCACCUUCACCACGUGCAGUAGUCAAAGCACCGGUGUUGUCAGAAGAACAACGGUUUGUGCGAGCGACCUCGUCACCGCCUCGAUUGCCACCAUUGGAUACUGGAGCAUCGAGCAUGUCGAUAGAAGGAUUCACAAUAUCGGCUGAAGAAGAUGAAGAUAUCGGCGUCAACAGUGAUGCCUAUCGACAGAAGAUUGAGACGUUAAAGAGUGACCUCGGCAAUGGCUGGUUGACAGCGUUGAGCGAAGAUAUGAGUAAAGGAUCAGAAAGAGAAUACAACGCUAGGCCGUCAAUGGGAGGACAGCGAGCGGACAGUCAAAGAGAGGUGACGGUCGGAGGUAGGAGGUUGGGAUGA